AUGGCGGCCGCAGACCACUUCAGCCGGAACGACGAUGAAGUCAUUAUCGUCACAUUAGUCUGCCGACCUCAUGGUUCUCAUGUGUCUGCCUUCCCCAAACGUCAGUUUGUCCUUAGCAGCCAGAACCCAUCUAUCCGAAUCGGCCGAGCCUCCAAGGUUCCUACAAAGGGUUUCGUUGCCUCUAUAGAUAACGCCUGGUUUGAUAGUCCUGUCAUGUCGCGGAAUCAUGCAGAACUCGUCCUCGACCUGGACAGCAUCCCCAAGUCGGUGAUCAUCAAAGAUAUCGGAUCACUUCACGGCACCUUCCAUGUACCCCACGACGGAGUUGGGAAGGAGAUGAGACUCGAACAACAGCGGCCUGUCAGGCUGUCAAACGGCGACUCCCUCCGUUUUGGAACCGACAUAUUCAGGGCCAAGGAAACAUUUCCGCCGUAUUCUGUCGAGUUUUAUAUGAUAGGACAGGAACAUGAGUCGCGCAGUCAGGAUAUACCGACUACUAAUCAGUCUCCCAACCGAACCUUUACUAUUCCAUAUGACGACCUCGAUGAUGAAGACGAUGACGAUGAUAGCGUGAUCGAGACAUGUAUGCCGCCCUCGCGAAAAACCAACGUUCAACGUGGCAUCUCUAUUGAUCUUACCCAAGAUGAAGACGACUCGGAUGAGGACCAUAACGUUGUUUCCAGCGCCACGGCCCUGAACCACUUUAACUCGGAUAUUAUUGAUCUGACAUCGGAGCCUGAUGAACAUUCGGACCAUGAAAUUCAUGCUCGGAGUCCUAGCCAUUCUUCCGCAUCCGUCACAGUAGAAGCACCAGCGAUCCCGGCACUAGUAGCUGCAUUUGCUGCUUGUAACUCCGAGUCGCUAGCAGGUAUGGACCAGUCUGAGAAACCUAUGGUGUUUGAUGUUGAGCCCGAUGCAUCCUCCGAUCAUGACUCUAGCUUCCCACAAGAUGAGGAAAUGACCAGCGAGGAUAUCCAUUUAACUGAUUCCGAAGAUGGUUCAAUUCUUAUCAGAGGGGACGACAUGAGUAGCAUGGACGGAGAUUCCGACGGUGACGACUCGCCUGCUUCUGUAUUUAAUGAUGACGUAGUCCGAUCUGAUAGCUGGGGGAGUGACAACGAAAGUAUCUUGCCAUACUCGGAGUCUGAUGAUGAUAGUUCCUCAUCGGACGAUGAGAUGAUGGAUCCAUUAUCCAACUCGAGCUCACCAGCGCCCAGUUCGUCUCCCUUCUCAUCACCUAACCCACCACUCCCGAACGGGUUACCCAACACAGAUGCCUUUGCCGAAUCGUCUAAUACAGAUGACCUCUUUGUGGCUCCAUUCUUAUUUACUACCUCUACGCAACAAGGGGCAUCGGUUGUCCAACCGAGAGAACCAAGCCCAUCUGAUGCUGCUAUGUUCAAGAGUCAUCCCGUGCUUGACCGAACUGCAAGUAUUUCUAGGGCACAGGUUUUAGGCGAGAAAUCGGGCAAGCACGCAUUUUUCGCGGCUAGGGAGAGUAAUCGAAUGAAUCAUUUGGAUUGGAAUUCUCCACCGCCUGUGUCUGCUAUCCGAGAAACCUUGGGUGCUGAUGCUGAUCAGCAUGUUACCGGCGUAGAAUCUGAUCAUGCUUCUCACCCAGCUUUGCCAGUAGUUCGAGUUGAUAACGACCAAAAGGGUUCAACAGGAGGAGCUGCUGACGUUAACAAUGUGCCCGAACUUGCCCCCAGCGGUCCCACGACCAUCCUCAGUGAAGAGCCAAUUCCAGACUCUACAUGGCAGCCAUGGUCAGUAUCUGGGGAGCGAUUCCUCAACCAUCCUCGAAUUGAGGAGCUCCCUUCAAAUUCCGAACGGCCUCAAAGUCCUGAGCUUGAUAUGACUAGCGCAUAUACUUUUCAACUAAGCAAGAUUGCCAGUGAGAGCAGCGCUAGCUUUUCAAGCAAACCCAGGCGCGUCGAGAUUCAAGAUCUACUUACGCAGGAACCGAACGGGGAUAACAACACAUAUGAAGACCCCCUUCCGCACAUUUUUAGCGCGGCAUCCUCUGCUCCACUGCCAACUAGUGAAUCCGUACCGGAACCUAGCCUGAAGCGUUCCUUUGAAGAUGCCUUUAGCGAUGAUGAAGACGUAAUUGGAUCGAAUGAAGAAUGUAUCUCUCAGGAGAACGACAAAUCCAAGUCUAUGUUGCCGGGCAAGCGAAAUCGGACUGGCUCAGUGACCAACGUUGAGUCAACCAAAGCUACUGCUCCCGAGACCCAUGAACAAGGCGGCAUUGAAGCUCAGCCUGCUACUAUUCCUGCGCGGCAAGACAGCAUCCAGCCGUCGAAGCGACGCCGCUUUGCCCAGGCAGCGGCCUAUGUUGCCCUCGGCGGUGCAGCUGCAUUCACUUACAUGGUCUCUACUGCGCCUGUCCUCUAA